AUGGAAAAUGUAACCCUCUUGUUUCACAUAGUGAUAUUAUACAUCCUUUCUUCCACAAAUGUAGAUUCUAUUAAAGUUGUAAAUCGCAGAAUAUUAUCAAGUAUCGCAUACAAAGCCGCCGUACCGAAAAGAAUAUCGCAAAUUGGCUUCAUAAAUACUAGUAUUCCGUGGAAUUUGGAAUAUAGAAUCAAUCGCAUAGGUUCAGGUUGGGGAUUUUCAGACAAGUAUUCAUGGAAGGAAAAUAAUGAGUACGUCUACGUUACAGUGGCUCUGGAUAGCUGCAUCAAGUCCUCAGAUCUCAACAUAGACAUCAAAAAGGACUCAAUAAGUGUUGUUAAGCAGGGUGCAAAGGUGCCUAUAAUGAGUGGAAAGACAAAAGGAAAAAUAAAUAUAAGUGAUAGUCUCUGGACCAUUGAAGAUUUAAAUAACCAAAAAAACUUACAAAUAACUCUUAAAAAAGCUGGUAGUAAUAUUAAAAACUGGUUUGGAGUAAUUUUGGGUGAAAACGUUAGAUGCAAGCAAUAUGGUCAAACUGUUCAAGAAGAAUUUGAUGCUAAAUGUUUUGAGCCUAAUGGUAUAUUCUGGAGUAAAAGUUUAAAUGUGAAGGCCGCACAACUUAAUGAACUGUUUUCACAAUGGGUCAGUAGAGAUGGUGAUUUAAUGAUCCCCUUUGGAAAGCCUAUGACUGAAGUAGAGUUUAAAUACAUUCUUAGCGAUUCAGGUGGUAGACUAACAUUUUCUGAUACAAAUUUGGAUGAAUAUAUGGAAAUAAUAAUAAAAUCUACUGGCGAGAAUUCUAGUGAAAUACUGUUUGUUAAUAGUGCAUCCACAGAUUUAUUAACCGGAAAGUUCGGGAUAGAUUUGAGAAAAAAACUAUUAAGGUCAUUAAACACCUUUAUAGAGAAAUUUGAAACCGAUAUUCAAGAAGUAUUGGCUCUCAUGGCAACUACUAAAAAGGAGGAUGAAUAUAGUUAUGCUGGAAGUAGUGCCUUUUUAUCAACCGAUAAUAUCGAUAGUUAUAACAAAUAUCACGAAUCAAUUAGAAGACAAAUGAGAAAUUCUUCGAACGAUACUUCAUCAAAUAGUACGGCUCCAUUCAAUGAUGACGAAUUAGGUAUAAGCAUUAAUUGGGACGCGCUCCCAGACAAAAACGUGACUAAAGAGGAGAAUAUUGAACAUAAAAAGAGGAUGAUAAAUGAAUUGACAGAAGCUAUUAGAAGUGUACAAAAACCGAAACCUGUCGAAACAAUGCAAUCGAUAAUAAAAAAUUUUAAAGAAAGACUAGCGCUAAAUUCAGAAGAAUACGAAGGAUUGUGGCAAAAUUCUAUCGAAAGAAUUGAGAAGGAGGUUGAACAAUCAAAGGAACAGCAAAAUAUAAUAAGCAAAGCUAAAACAGAUGACGAUUGGUUUACAAAUCAAAUAAAUGCAAAUAUCCCGAUAAACCUAUCUUCUGGUGAUUCUUUUGAUGAAAUAAUGAAUAAUCCUAUUAACAUUGACACAUGUCUUUUGGUAAAAAAGUAUCACUCCAUAAAAAAGACACAAAGAGAACAGCUACGUAAAAGAUGGAAGAGCAACGAAGUAAGAUUAAAAACACUUAUUAUUGAAUUAUUCCAAGCGCCUGAAUCUCUAAUUUCUACCAUUUGUAAUAACUAUACCGAACUACUUAUUUCAGAGGAUUAUCCCACAUUAAUGAAAUCAUACCUUUUGAAUAAUGAAGUUAAAGAUGAUAUAGAAAAGGAAAGGUUAAAAUUUUUAAACGAAUUUGUGCUCAGUCUUUACAAGGAUUCUGAAUUAUAUGUACUCCAGGAUGAGCAAUUUCAACUGGCAAAAAUAAGACAAAUUUGUGAAUGGGCUAUUAAUGACUAUGAUAAGCUAAACGAUUAUGUAGAAGCUAAUAAACAGCAGUAUGAUUUGAAUUUCAUGACAUACCUGAAGUUGGCUAUAUCAAAGGAGUCAGAAAAAUUGAGAGAGUCGGGUUUGUUGAACGAAAUUCCAAAUCCGCAGACAAAUACAUGGUUAUGCAUACUGAUCAUAAUUGAAAGAGCAAUAACCUCUUUGAUAGAAGCUGAUAUGGCAGAGGACAUUUACAUUAUUGGACUUAUCGUUACACAAAAAAAUGCAGAUUUACGGUCUUAUGCCACAGAACUGAUACUUGCUACAAUGCCAAGAUCAGAUUGGAAAGCUUUCAAGAAUCUAGUGAUUUCCAUAACAGACUCCCUCUUGAGUAAACCUAUGGAAGAACGGGAAGCCGAAAAUAUGCCUUUGCACGUUCCGGAGGCAUGUCACCAAUUAAGGGACGAACUUGAGAAGAUGAUACCGGACUGGGUGAUUAGCGAAUUAUUGUCAGAAAGUGAUCGCACCUUUAUGAAACAUAACAAUGUGAGUACAGUACCUUGCAUCUAA